AGAGAGAGAGAGAGAGAGAGAGAGAGAGAGAGAGAGAGAGAGAGAGAGAGAGAGAGAGAGAGAGAGAGAGAGAGAGAGAGAGAGAGUAGGUAAAGUUAGUUAAGGAGCAAAGGGAGAUGAUGGAGACGCAUUCAAGACGGAAGGCAAAAGUUCGAGGAUGGCUGCCAGCCAUCUUACAGAACACCUAUGUGCAAACAUUACUGAUGGUGCAGGUGCUUCUGGUGGCAUAUAUUACAUGGACAGGUUGGUGGCAACCGGUUCCUUCCACUCCUCGAGAUGAGGAGGAUAAGCAAGGCCGUCUUCGUGGGGGAGCAACAUUCGGGCGACUUGGGGAAUCGGGUGCAAAACAAGGAUUUGGAUUGAAUGGGGUUGGCAAUGUGAUGAAUGAAGAUACUUGGCAGGGUGACGCAUGGACAAGGCCUAAGGAGCGAGUAGUGAUCGAGCUGGAGGGGGUUGAGAGAAAGGAAAUCAAGACCGAACAGCUGGAGGGCAAGAGGAAGUCUGUGUGGGACAAGAUUUCUUUUACAGCGGGUUCGCCUGGCGACUUCAAACCUCAGUCAGCAUCAUCUUGGAAAAGCCCUAGACUCGCCGGCGAAAGUCUGGAUCGUUCUCGGAAGAUAAUUUGGAGGUAUGAAGAUCUCCAAGCAUAUGCAAGAGCAUCAUCGACGGUGAAAUUCUCUGUUGCAGGGGGGGGCAAUGGUGAAACUAGGAGUGUUGGUGCGGACGGGUCCACAGCUCAUUCGGCGCCCAGGUUUGAGAUAGUAAACGUGCCACUGAGCAAAGAGGAGCAGUCAUGGGCAGUUACAAAGGAUCGAAAUUGGACGGACCUAUCUUGGCGGCUGCUGGAUGAAGUGUUCGCACAUUGCAUAGAGUGCAGCAUGCCCAAUCUGGUCCAUGACAAGCACGGGACCGCGGAGAUGUGUGACGAGUUUCGAAUGGACAGGAUCUGGUGCGUGAGGUAUUGCCCAUCGCGUACCAAGUGCAUCGAACGGUACAAUUGGAACAUGCAGAGGCUGAAACGCAACAAAGGAAAAAUUGAUACCUGGGUGUUACACAAGCAGCAUGAACCUUACCUUGCUGUCUUCCGCAAUGCGUCUGUGUCGUACAAUGGCGAGGUCUACAACGAUGAGGUGGUUUUCGACUCACGCGGGCGAUGCCCGCGCUCGGGAUCAUUGCCACGUGUAUGGCCGGAUAUUGCUCGGGAACGUCAUUUCAAGAAGAUCUUUGUCACAGAUUACACAUGGAGGGGUACAUAUCAUGACUUGGCAGACAUGAGCGCGCGCCUAACUCCGUACAUUGAUGUCCUGCUUGAAGACCCCACUAUCAUGAUACAUACGACGGGCGACCUUACGGGCACAGAAUACGAAAACGACCCCUACACCAUCCACCAACCGGGCGAUAGGUUGAAGACUAUUAUGGACAUGUUUGGCAUUAAUCGCCUUCGUUUGAUCACGGGCGACGUUAGCGGAGACCUCAUCAUCGCGCCUGAGAUCCACUGCCUUCCUAACGAAUGGCUCUUCGAAGUGUACGCAUCACGCUUAUCUCGGAUGAUACAUCGUUACCUUGUCGAAAACGGAUACCGUGCCGGCUUGCCAUUUGGAGAAGGUACGAUCCUUGUUAUCAAGCGAAGUGGCACUCGGAGAAUCAACAAUCACGAUGAACUGAUCGCAGGCAUUACAAAAGAGUUCCGAGGGAAGCGCCUUGAAGUGUACGAUGAUGUCUACCCGCUCUCUACGAAGCAGAUUUGGGGCCUCUUCUACUCUGCGGACGUCGUCGUGGCGCCACAUGGCGCGGGGCUGACCAACAUGCUUGCUGUCAGAAGGGGUACAGUGGUGUACGAGUUCCUGCAGCCGCACCAGUCUGUGUGGGACCCCGCAGAUAUAAACUUAUGCUACAGGGAUCUGGCAAUCGCAGUGUCGGCGGAUUACUAUGGCGACUUCCCAAAGGUGUUCCACCGACCGUCGAAGCGCUUUGACAUUAAGAAGAUGGAGUGGGAGGAGCCUCCAACGUCAAUGACCGUCGAUGUGCCGACAACCAUGGAGCGCCUGAAGAGGAUCAUGAAGGACAGAGGAAUCUUGUGAUAAGACAGUCUCCGUCGACUUGAAGGCGAGUCGCGGUGGCGGGGGGGUUUCGCAGUGUCGGCUGUUACUAUGGUGACUUCCCAAAGGUGUUCUACCGACCAUCGAAGCGCUUUGACAUUAACAAGAUGGAUUGGGAGGAGCCUCCAAUGUCGACGACCGUAGAUGUGCCGACAAUCGUGGAGCGGCUGAAGAGAAUCAUGAAGGACAGAGGGAUCUUGUGAUAAGACGGCCUCGAGCGACUUGAAGGCGAGUCGCGGUGGGGGGGGGGGGGUGGUUGAUGGUGUCAUGUCGCCUGAGUUUUGACAACCAACAAGUCUCCGGCCAUUUGAAAGCGAGUCGCAGUGGCGGGNACCAACAAGUCUCCGGCCAUUUGAAAGCGAGUCGCAGUGGCGGGUGGGUUUUGAUGCUGUCAUGUAGCCUAAGUUUUGACCGACAAGUUUUGCAUCUCAUGAACGAAAUCCGAUGAUCCUGUAUCAUGAGGCAAACUUGAGAAUCGCUCGACCCUGUUUCGCAGUAGACGAAGUUCUGACGUAAAUGCAGAGGAUAUGGACAUGAAGGGAAAAAAGUUCCAGGGGCAGUUUAUUUGAUGAGUGAACAAGGGGGGGAAAUGAUGGUAUAGCACUCGCCAGCGGGUCGUAGAGAGUGUACCUGUGUUUUUCUUCAUAAAUGGACACAGUAGCCUGCUAUUGCCUGCCAAACUGAACAGACCAGUUAAUAUGUAGAGAUGUCUAAGUUAGACUAUGACUGUUAGUGACUGAACAGACCAGUUUGUCUAUAGGUCACUUGGCAGGUCAUAGAGAGUGUAUGAUGGUAUAGCACUCGCCGGGAGGUCGUAGAGAGUGUACCUGUGUUUUUCUUCAUAAAUGGACACAGUAGCCUGUUAUUGCCUGCCAAACUGAACAGACCAGUUAAUAAACUUAAUAUGUAGAGAUGUCUAAGUUAGACUAGGACUGUUAGUGACUGAACAGACCAGUUUGUCUAUAGGUGUCUUAAGUUUUGAUUACUGCCAUUGUCUGACUGACCGCCAUAGCACUUGGCAGGUCAUAGAGAGUGUACCUGUGUUUUUCUUAAGCUGCCGGUACGCGGCCCCAGCCUUGCUGAAAAGAAACUCGUCGCCUAAUAUCUGCUGGAAACGUCUGGUGCCAGCGUUCCAUCGAUAAAAGAAAUCUGUAGUCGGCGUCUCUUUUUGGCCUCUGAUGCAGCCCCGCGGCCGAUGUGAGGAAUGUACGGGUGGUUUAAACAAAUGACGGUAGCAUGUCAUUGCUUGGCGGACUGAACAGACUAGUUUGUGUAGAAAUGUCUAUGUUUGACGAAUAGUACAACUGACUGAACGGACCGAUUUGUCUAGAGAUGUCUAAGUUUUCAUCAUAGUAACUGUCAUUGUCUGACUGAGUGAGACUGACUGCUAUAGCACUUGGCAGGUCGUAGAGAGAGUGUGCCUCUGUUUUCCUUAAUAAGCGAACAGUAGAGCAAAGGUUCCGUCAGGCUGGACGGAAAUCAGCCAUUGAGUGUAAAGGCAAAAAGGAGCUUGACUGCAAGACUGACUCGUCGAGCAGGGACGAAAGUCAGCCUUAGUGAUCCGACGGUACCGAGUGGAAGGGCCUUCGCUCAACAGAUAUUAAAAGUUACUCUUCAUUGCCUGCCUGACUGAACAGACCAGUUUGACAAGACUGACUCGUCGAGCAGGGACGAAAGACAGCCUUAGUGAUCCGACGGUACCGAGUGGAAGGGCCGUCGCUCAACGGAUAUUAAACGUUACUCUUCAUUGCCUGCCUGACUGAACAGACCAGUUUGACAUGUGUAGAGAUGUCUAAGUUUGACUACAGCAACUGUCAUUCUCUGACUGACAGAAGAUACCAGUUUGUGUGGAGGCGUCUAAGUUUUUGACGGCUGUGAUAAUGCCGACUGACUGGGCGGACCAGCAGCUUGUCCAGAUAUGUCUAGUCUGACUGCUGUCAUUGUCCGCCCGACUGUACAGACAAGGUUGUGUAGAGAUGUCUUGAAGUUUUGCUCGAUUCACACCGGCACUUUCCUCAACGUAUUGGGACCAGAGGGAACAAAACGACUGCUGUCAUUGUCCAACCGACUGAACAAACAUUGUCUUGUGUAGAGAUAUGUCUAAGUUUUGCUCGAUUCACACCGGCACUUGCUCAACGUAUUUGGACUACAGAUAUGGGUAGAUGCUGUCCAAAAAAUGACCAGUGUGAUAAUGCCCUGACGGGACAGGCUUUGGAGGGAACAAAACGACUGCGGUCAUUGUCCGACCGACUGAACAGACAAGGUUGUGUAGAGAUGUUUUGCUCGAUUUACACCGACACUUUCCUCGACGUAUUUGGACCAGAGAUAUGGGUAGAUGCUGUCCAAAAAAUGAUCAGUGGGUAGAUGCCCUGGCGAGACAGGCUUUGCAGGGAACAAAUGGCUGUUGGUAUUGUUCGACCGACUGAAAAGACAAGGUCAUGCAGAGACGUGUAAGUUUUGCUCGAUUCACAUCGGCACUUUCCUCAACAUAUGUGGACUACAGCUAUGGGCAGAUGCUGUCCAAAAAAUGAUCAGUGUGACUAUGCCCUGAUGAGACAGGUUUCGCGGGGAACAAAACGACUGCUGUCAUUGUCCGACCAACUGUACAGACAAGGUUGUGUAGAGAUGUCUAAGCUUUGCUCGAUUCACACCGGCACUUUCCUCAACGUAUUUGGGCUACAGCUAUGGGUAGUUGCUGUCCAAAAAAUGACCAGGCUGAGUGUGACUAUGCCCUGACGAGACAGGCUUUGCAGGGAACAAAACGACCGCCGGGGUGGGAUGCGGCGCCAUUUUCUUUACUUCGCUGCUGAAAUCGUCAGUUUCAUCGCCCUAGUAGAUGGUCGGGCACCCUUCAUUCCGUCAGCCGUUGUCAGUUCCGCCGCCGGGGUGGGAAAUUGGAAGUUUGGCUUCUGCAGGAGGUKGUGGGAUGCGGCGCCAUUUUCUUUACUUCGCUACUGAAAUCGUCAGUUUCAUCGCCCUAGUAGAUGGUCGGGCACCCUUCAUUCCGUCAGCCGUUGUCAGUUCCGCCGGCGGGGUGGGAAAUUGGAAGUUUGGCUUCUGCAGGAGGUUGUGGGAUGCGGCGCCAUUUUCUUUACUUCGCUACUGAAAUCGUCAGUUUCAUCGCCCUAGUAGAUGGUCAGGCACCCUUCAUUCCGUCAGCCGUUGUCAGUUCCGCCGGGUCCGUACAAUCGGCUCAGUCCCAGUGACGCAUCUUGGUGCUGGUUUCACUCAAAUCUGGAUGUGGACCCCCUAGUCAUGCAUAUCCAUGUUGCGGUUAUAGAAUUGGUGCGAGUAACUGAUCAGAUCAGUCCCAGCGACGCUUCUUUGUGCUUGUUUCUCUGCAGCUGCAAUCGUGCGGCUGACCUCCUACUAGGCAUUCGUGUUGCGUUUGCGUUUCUAGACUUCGCGCAAAUGAGU